UAUAAGUGACUCUUGCCCCCUUCCCACCCACCCCACCUUAUCUAUCAUAAUCAUCAAGGCUAAUCUUCACUGAACCAUGGAGCACAAGUUUCAGUUUUUGGCACUUAUUUUCCUCCUAGCAACUUCACAUUCAUCUGCCCAAAUUCUGGCAGUCGAGCAAGGUGAAGCAGAUUCCCAGCUGAACAAUGUUGUCCGUAGCAGUACAUCUCAUGUAAGCAAGGAAAAUACAGAUUCUUUUCAUAAACUGAUGGGGCUGGAAGAAUAUGGAAAUGAAGAUGAAGAUGAAGAUGAAGAGUGCUUAAAGAGAAGGAUUACUGCGGAGGCCCACUUAGACUACAUCUACACUCAGCACCGUAAACCAACCAUGGAGCACAAGUUUCAGUUUUUGGCACUUAUUUUCCUCCUAGCAACUUCACAUUCAUCUGCCCAAAUUCUGGCAGUCGAGCAAGGUGAAGCAGAUUCCCAGCUGAACAAUGUUGUCCGUAGCAGUACAUCUCAUGUAAGCAAGGAAAAUACAGAUUCUUUUCAUAAACUGAUGGGGCUGGAAGAAUAUGGAAAUGAAGAUGAAGAUGAAGAUGAAGAGUGCUUAAAGAGAAGGAUUACUGCGGAGGCCCACUUAGACUACAUCUACACUCAGCACCGUAAACCAUAAUGGCAUGUUUGGUGUAGUUGGAUCUGAUAAUAAAUGUUAAAAUUUUGUAUAUUGUAUGGUUCUGUGUUGAACAUUCGAGAAGUGACAAUUUGGGAGUUUUUACCCAGUAGUUAAGAGUGAAAAACUUCAAAAGUGUGCUUACUUAAGAAUUUUCUAAGAAAAAGUAGGAUGUUUCUCUCUACUUUUGAAAAAAUUCCCUUGGCAUUCUAGAAUAGCUUCCACAAUUCUUC